GUUCUCUGGUCUCGACGAGGAUAUUGACACGUCAAGCUAUCAGAGGUUGAAGACCGUUGUUCACGAUGAGCUGAAGAACUUUUUCCGGCCAGAGUUUUUGAAUAGACUGGACGAGAUCAUCGUCUUCAAGUCGCUGAACAAGCAGGAAGUAGCUCAAAUAGCAGAAUUAGAAUUCAGGAAGGUUUUCAAAUUGACGACCGAGAAAGGCAUAAAGCUUUUGUUGACAGACCGGUUCAAGAAGAAGGUGGUGGAUGAAGGCUUCAAUCCGGUCUACGGAGCACGACCUCUUAGACGGGCUAUCACCAGACUCUUAGAGGACUCCGAGAGUCUUUGA